AUGGUGGAUCCUCAAUCAUCGAGAGCUGGUCCAACCGAGCGAGAGUCAGACGAAGAGUCUGUCGAAGAGACUCCACCCCCUUCACCUAUGCCGCCAAAGCGUGAAGAGGAAUCGACGCUGGUUCAACAAUGCCCUGAGUCGGCUCUUGCCACCGAGCCAGAAGACAAUGCGGCCUUGAAACUGCUAGAAUCAUAUGGGGCACUUCGAACUCCAGCUUUCGAUGUAGUGACAGGUCGUAUGUCUCAGGAACAUUUUAAACAUCCUUAUCCGCCGGCUAUUCCCACCCUCAGUAGGCAUCCGCAACUCAUACCUCCUUCUACGAACCCCCUCGCUUCGCCCUCGUUUCGUUGGGUACCGCACAGCCCAGGCAUCGAAGCGACAAGACUAUCCCGGCCUUGGGAUAGGCAACCGCCACCAGUGAGCGGCCCGCCAGCGCAGCCUGAACCGGCGCAGACAAAAGACAAGUGGUAUAACGAGGUCAAGUACCUCAAUACCAAGGAGUUCUCGCAGACUGAGGCAACGAAACACCAUUCGUCAUUGCCAGUUCUUGGUCUCACAUAUCCGGUUUUCUUGGGGUCCCCUACGGAUCCAAAGGCGACUAUGACUUGGUUGCCACGCGACCUGAGCCCUCCUGCCCCGCCCGCGCAUCUGCCAUGUUAUACGCCAAGCUGUUCUUCGCGUGGUGUACCGUCAACCAUUGCUGGGAGCAGCCGUCCGGCCUGGUCAGUAUCCAGCGGUCCGGCCCUGCCAAAUCUGCAUACCAAAGGCCAUCGGCAGGAGCCGUAUGAGCUUUGGAGAAGGCCUGGGAGAGCACCGCGUGCACCCAGGUCACCAUACGAGCCACAACCCCGUGUGAAAGAGACGGCACAGGAGACAGCAGCUUCGGCCGCUGAACCUGAAGCUGGUCCAGAACCAGCUGGACCCAGUCUACGCGAUGAGCUGCCACAUCUUGUGAAAGAGGCGGCAGCACACAGUGGUCCAGCUGUCUCCGCGCCAAAAAUGCGGUGCAAGCCCUCCAUGUCGAAGGGCCAUUUGAAGGGCCAUCGGCAGGAGCCGUAUGCGUCGUCGAAAAAGCCUAGGGCAAGGCGAGCACCAUCUGGACCCGAAAUUCACGAUGACUUCCCACAUCGUGCUGAAGGGGAGGCAAGAGACGCAACAACUUCUGUCGAUGAGACUGGCGAUGCUCUGCCUAUUCGGGAGAGGAAGCCAGGGGUAGACAAAGGCAAAGCGACAUCAAGGCCCGAGACAAACCGCCUGCCCAUUUGA